AUGCUCGGGAGAUGCGCGACGCGCGGAGCGCGUUUCAGGCUGAGGAGAGCGGCCGGCGCAGCACGGAGGAAGCGGCAGGAGAGGAUGGGCGGCAGCGCAGCGGAAUCAAUGCGGGUGAAAGAAGCGGAAGCGGAGGGUUUGGCGGAGGGUGUGGGGGAGGACGGGGAGGCGGGCGGAAGGGACGAGGGGGACGAGGAUUCAGAGGAGAGAGGGGAGGGAGAGGCGGGGGAAGAGGAGGGAAGGAGAGGAAAGACUCUGCGCAAGAUGGCCCCAAACCAAUCGCACACACCCCUCUCAAUCCCCACCCAGCACGUCACCUCUUCUUAUCCUCUCCCGUCCUCCCAAGCCGCCUCCUCUCCCCGAGCCUGUCCGUCAGGCUUGGCAGGGGUGCUGCAGGAUUGCCAGGAGGUGGUGUGUCGAGCGUUGGAGAGCUUCGAGGCGCGGCUGGGAGGGAUUGUGCUGGGGACGCAUUCUCCCCCGGACUCUCCCCCGCACUCCCCUUCCCUCUCCCCGUCUACCAUCCGCGCUGCUCCUUCUGCUCCUCUUGCUGCCCCUGCUGCUGCUCUUGCUGCCCCUGCUGCUGCUCUUGCUUCGCCUGAUGCUGCUCCUCCUGCUGCUGCUAGCACCGUUGAUGCUGCUGCAUCCCCCCGCUCCGCCAGCGCGCAGGCGUCCCCCAGGGGGUGGGGGCGAGCGGACAGGGCGCAGUGGGAUUACCCCAGGGGCAGUGCGCAAGUAGCUCCCAGGGCAAGAGCGGGAGGGGCAGAUAAGGCGCAAGGGGAAUGCGCCAAGGGCAGCGCGGAAGCAGAGGGGGCGAGCUACCCCUGUUCCGCCAGUGCGCAAGUAGCGCCCAGGGUAGGGGGAGGGCUAGGUAAGGCGCAGGGAGAUUGCGCCAGGGGCAGCGCGGAAGCACAGGGGACGAGUUCCGCCCUUUCCGCCAGUGCACAGUUCUCUCCCCGCUCCCCUACACAGCGCUCCCCUUUGCACCGCUCUCCACACCCUUCAACCACGUCCUCCCAGCCCCGUACCUUUGACAACCGCUCCUCCUCUCCCCACGUCCUCUCCCCGCGCUCCUUGUCAUCCCAACCGCGCUCGCCCCGCGUCCCCUCGCACCAUCCCCUUUUUUCUCAACCCCAGAUUUUUCAACCCCCUUCACCUCGACCCCCCGCGGCCCCGAAGUCCCCCCGCUCCCCACGUGACGCACCUCAGAAAUCCCCUCGCGCCACACACAAACCCUCCCGUUCCCCCCUCACGUCCUUUGACUCGUCCUCUCACCCGUCCCUCCAAUCCCACUCCUCCCCCUUCGAGGCCUCUCAAAAUGCCCCCCUCAGUUUUGGAACCGCUGCAGUGGUUACAGAUGGUGAGAAGCGUCACCCGAAUCAGCAGGUGAACCCACAGGUGAAUCUGCAGGCGAAUUCGCAGGUGAAGAAGCAGGGCUACGUGCAACAUCAGGUGAACCAGCAGCAAGCGCUGAUCCUGCAGCAACAACAGCCUUCACAACAGCAAAACCAGUGGCAGCAGCAGCAACAACAGCAGCAGCAGCAGCAGCAGCAGCAACAGCAACAGCAGCAGCAACAGCAACAGCAGCAGCAACGUUUCAAUCCCAGGGUGCGACGUCUGGUGUCAUUUACUUCUGCACCUGCUAUCCCUGCCACCCCUUGGAAGAGCGUGUUGCCUCACAAGGCUGCAAGCACUAUUGAGAGUGCUUCUUCCCCCACCAGCACUCCUGCCUCUGCCACUGCUCCCACUGCUGCUGCCGGUGUCACUGUCGCUGCCACUGCUGCCACUGCCGGUGCAACGGCUGCUGCUGCCGCUGCAGGAUCUUAUCAGUCUUCUCCUCUUCCUCCCGUUCGCAUGCCUGGCUAUCCCUCCCCGUCGCCCAAUCCCUCACUCUCCUCCGUCCAUCGUGCCGCUUUGCACCACACUGUACCGCAUGCUGCCCCUCACUCCUCCCCGCACAAUUCCCCUCACGCUCACUCCUCUUCCCCGCAUACCCUCUCCUCUUCCCCUCACUCUACCUCAUCCUCUGCCCACUCCUCCCCCCACUCCUCCUCUCCCUCACUCCACCGCUCCCCUUUCCGCCCCCCACACUACCCCUCGCCUCUCCACCGCUCCUUCUCUUCCACCCCAUCGGCACCCCUAUCCCUCCAACCGAGCUGCACCGCUCUGGAAUCCCCUGGAACCAUCACCCGCAGCCAGUUGUGCCGUUUAGAGCUGGGAGAGAAUGUGCUGCUGGAGAAUCUAGGGUUGGGGCUGUGGUUGGGAGAGAGACGUGCGGGUCACAAGCUGUUGACGGAAAGGAGGGUGGAGCAGCAGCAGGAACAGCAAGGAGUGGGGGGUUGGCAGAGGGGGGAGUAG